UAGGUAUUUUUUGAUCACGAAGUCCAACAACAAGCUGUUUGUCGACCCGUUUUCUCAAACUGCUCUUUCUCUUAGACAAAGUUUGGCCCAAACACGCGUCAGUGAAGCUUCACACCACCUGUAGGCCGAAAAGCACGCAAUGGAGGCACCGAAGCAAGUGGAAAUGGAUGCUGGAGGCUAUGAGCUGGAGUCCGUCUUUGGCCCUCAUGAAGCACUCUUGGUAAAGCAAACGAUGCGUGGUUGCUGUCAGGAGUGUUUGGGCUGUGACGCAAAGUCAGAGUACAAGGUGGCACCUUUCAAUCCUCAAGCAAUUGAUGGCAUCCGAGUGACGGAGGCAGCAAUGGGAGUUCCAGACAUCAUGUAUGCCAUUGAGCAUUCCAGUUGCUGCUGCAGGGUCUGCAACCCUGCUGGACGCAACUUUCAAAUGCAUGUCUCCAGUGGAGGGGAUCCUGGUGGCCAACCUAUCCUGUACUAUGAUAAGCCGUUAACGUGUCCAGCAUUUUUUACGGUCCAAACUGACAACGGAGGAUCUAUCGAUUGCCCUUGUUGCUGCUGUUUGCCACAGCUUACACCGCACACUCCGAAAGGGCAAUCAAUUGGAUCAGAGUCUCGCUACUACUGUGACAUGUGCCUUUGUGUGCCCAAGUUCACCUACCACGAGAACAAUGAAGUCUUGUACUUGAUCAAGCCUGAAACCUGCUGCGGCGGUGCUUGUGUGGCUUGCAACUGCUGCAGUGGCAAGGGUCUGGUCUACAUGCCCUUCUACUUCCACGAUCCAAAGAGUGAAGAAGUCCUCGGAGGGAAGUAUGAGGAUGCCAACACUCCACAGAUCCGCAAGGUUUGGGCUGGAUUGAAGAAGGAGUGUUGCUCUACGGCCGACACCUUUGCAGUUGUCUUUCCGCCGGGAUCCAGCCCUCAACGCAAGGCCGGCCUCCUUGGGAUGACCUUCUUGAUUGACUUUGUUUUCUUUGAAGGACAUCAAGACAAAAGGACUUAGGUGAUGCAAGAAGAGUGUCGAAAACGCUUGCAAAAUCUGAUGCGAGGGACUACUCAGUGUUUCUGAGUCUCUCAGUUUCAUGCUUUGGGGAUCUUUGAAAGAAAGCUCCGAAAGCUUCAAUUGGACCGUGAUGGAGAACCUGAGAACCGUUGCAAAAUGUUGCAAUGGAACUAUGCAGUUUCGAUUCGUUCCUUAAUUUACCGACCAAGUCCUUUGCAGCAA